AUGAAGUACCAACGCCUCGCAUCUCUGGGUGUUGCUGCCCUGAGUGCCGCCGCAUCGGUCUCUGCCAAUCCACUUUUCCAGCGCGAAGAUGAGGGCCAAUGCCCCCCAGGAUACACCGCAAGUGUAUACUAUAAGACAAUCACUCUCCACCCCACUUCAACUGCCGCAGUUGAGCCAACGUCCGCUCCUGUCCUCGACUCAACCUCAGCCCCUGUGGUCAAGCCAACCUCUACCACAUCGGCUGAGCCAACUUCUGCUUCCGCCGCCGAACCAACCUCAACCCCUGCGGUUGAGUCCAGUUCUACUGCAUCGGUUGACCAGGUUACGACUCUGCACAUGUCAUCCACAACCACCCUGACUGAAGUUGUGACUGCGACGCCGGUGCCAACUACUACAAGCACGACCGCUGCUAGCGCCGCGACCUCUUCUGCCUCUAGCUCCACCAGCUCCACCAGCAGUUCCAGCUCCAGCUCCACCGCCAGCAGCUCCAGCAGUGCCCUGAGCUCUGAGUACUCCGGCGAAGCCACCUUCUACGGCGGCAACGUCUCCGGCGGAACCUGCUCUUUCACCGACUACACUAUCCCCUCCAGCCUCUUCGGCACCGCCCUCUCCUCCCAGCGCUGGUCCAACGCAGCUGAAUGUGGUGCUUGUGUCGAGGUCACCGGACCCAGCGGCAACAAGAUCAAGGCCAUGAUCGUCGACGAAUGCCCCGAAUGUGACUCCAACCACCUCGACCUCUUCGAGGAUGCCUUCGCCGAGCUGGCCGACAUCUCCAAGGGCGUCAUCAGCAUCGACUGGGAAUACGUCUCCUGCGGUAUCACCACCCCCAUUGAACUGGUCAACAAGAGCGGUACCUCCGCCUACUGGUUCGCCAUGCAAGUUGUCAACUCCAACGAACCCGUCACCAAGCUCGAGGUCAGCACCGACAGCGGCAGCACCUGGCAAUCCACCACCAGAUCCUCCUACAACUUCUUCGAGAACCAGAGCGGCUUCGGCACCGACACCGUCGAUGUCCGUGUCACCGCUCAGUCCGGUUCUCAGAUCACCGUCAACAACGUCAGCGUCUCGUCUGGCUCCUCCGUCACUGCUUCCUCCAACUUCGAGUAA